GAAAAAAAUUCAUUGUCAAAUUGACGGUGUUUCGCAGUGUGUUAUAAACUCUUGUACUGGUGUUGGCUCAUCAUUGUCAUCAAGUGUUUGUCAUCGUGAUAAAUUAUACAAAGAUAUUAUUAAAAAUGGUGACAUAUUAAUGAAUAGAUUACAAAUACUUUCAACAAUUAUUGACAUUUAAAAAAUAAUCAAGCAAAGCUAAAAAGAAAAUAAAUCAAAAUAAAAAUAUAAACAUAACCUCACUUUAUCAACAACAACAACAACACAAUCAGUUUAAUUAUAUAAAUAAAAUUAUAAUAAAAGUAAAUAAAUAAUGGCACUUAAAUUUAUGACUGGUAAUUCAGCAAGGUUGAUAAAAAAACCACAAGAUUUUAGUCAAAAAUUUAAAUAUUUAUUGGUACUGGAUUUUGAGGCAACAUGUGAAAAAGAAAUACCAAUAAAUAAACCAGAAAUCAUUGAAUUUCCAUGUCUUGCAGUGAAUACAAAUAAUUGGAAAAUUGAAAAUUCAUUUCAUUCAUAUGUUAAACCAAAAAUAAAUCCAAUAUUAUCACCAUUUUGUACAGAUUUAACUGGUAUAAUGCAAGAAACUGUUAAUGAUGAGCAACAUUUUCCAAUUGUUUUUCAUGAAUUUUGUAAUUGGCUUAAUGAUAAUAAAUAUCUAGAUGAUGAUAACAAUAAAAGUGCAUUUGUAACAUGUGGUGAUUGGGAUUUAAAAGUAAUGCUACCAGCACAAUGUCAAUAUGAUAAUAUACAAUUGCCAAAUUAUUUAAAACAAUGGAUUAAUUUAAAAAUAAGUUUCUAUGAUGCAAAAAAACAUUUUCCAAAAAGUUUAAGAGACAUGCUUAGAAGAUUAAAAUUAGAACGUCAAGGUACUUUACAUUCUGGACUAUAUGAUGCAAUUAAUAUGGCAAAAGUUAUUCAAGAACUUGGAAGUAAUUAUAAAACAGUUUUCGAUAUAACAAAUAAAAAUUAAAAUAGAAAAUUCGAAAUAAAUACUUUUUAAUUAUCAAAAAAAAAUGAU